CCUGUGCUGUGCAGAGCGGCAUUAUGGGAGGGCAGGUCAAGCGGCGUGUGUCGUGGAAGCGCAGGGAGAGCGAGCAUCACUAAGCUGUGUGUGUGUGUGUGUGUGUGUGUGUGCUCUCUCUCUCUCUGUCCCUCCCUCCCUGUCUUUUUAUGUAAGGAUGUGUGAGUGAAUUGGAGUUUGUGUAUGUGCUUACAGAGUGACAUUAUCUGGUUUGCCACAGUGACAUGUCAGUCAGAGAGUUGGUGAAUAGGCAGGGGCGGCUGCUUUUCUCUGCACCAUCACUGUUCUCAUCAGCAACGCCGGCUACAACACUUAUUCUUCUGCAGCGGCAACUCAGCUACAGGACAGUAUGUACCCAGAUGAGAAUGAGACGACUGUGUCUUCUGGCCAGGGCCGCCCCGAGUCACCCGUCUACAGCAACCUCCAGGAACUGAAGAUCACCCAGUCUACCCAGCCCCCUCUGCCCUCUGGCUCCCCGCUCCAUGUGGUUGGAGAAUGGGAGACCCAUAAGGACCAGAAUGGUAGGCACUUCUACUACAAUCGCGCCACCCAGGAGAGGACCUGGAAGCCACCUCGAACCAGGGACAAUAGCACCAGAAACUUGCAAGGAGAGAGCCACAGCACCGGAGAGAGCUCAGAGACCACCCCUCUCUCGCUCUCGCCGUCUUUCCUCCCCUUUCUCUCGCUUUCUAUCGGUCGACUGCAGCCUCUGUCAUCGGAGGACACCUGCUUCAGUACCUACUCCACCUACUCUAGCCAGUCAGACAGCCAAUAUGGCUCGCCGCCACGUGGUUGGUCCGAGGAGAUGGACGAGUACGGUCACACGCUGUACGUCAGUGACUAUACUAACGAGAAGUGGUUAAAGCACGUUGAUGACCAGGGAAGACCUUAUUACUACAGUGCAGACGGCUCCAGGUCAGAAUGGGAGCUGCCAAAGUACAACCACUCCCCUCCCCAACCCUCUGGGGAUGCUCCAAAGACCCGCAGUCUAGACAGAAGAAAUGUGGAUCCCAUCGUCCUGACCAAGUGGAGACAUAGUGCCUACGUCCAGGACCCAGUUGACAAGCGGCUGUUAAAAACCAGGCGUUUCCGAUCAGGCUCUGCACGCCCACAUCCAUACAAACACCAAGACGCUCCUUUGGGUCUCAAGCCCCCCUCUCCUGACUCUGACUCCUGCCCUUCGUCUCCCAAGCCCCCCGCCUCUCCAUCUGAAAAAUGUGGAAUUCUGAAUGUGACAAAGAUCACUGAAAAUGGCAAGAAAGUGCGGAAGAACUGGACUUCUUCCUGGACCGUCCUCCAAGGUUCAACGCUCCUGUUUGCCAAAGGACAGGGAGGUGGAACUAGCUGGUUUGGAGGCGGUCAGUCGAAACCAGAGUUCACAGUGGAUCUGAAGGGCGGCUCAGUGGAAUGGGCUUCCAAAGACAAGUCCAGCAAGAAGCACGUUAUAGAGAGGCCAAAGAGCACCUUUUGA